AUGCCCGGAUGCAGGUUGGUCGCUUACAUCCGGCCGACCUUCUUCCAGGCGACCAGUCAACCACCGCGAGACAAGGCUGCCGAUUUCCAGCAUUUAUUUAACAGCGGACUGUGCUUGCUAUAUGACCUUCCCCAGCUGGAGAAGCUCUUGGAGAAGCUCUGUUUCAAUGUCUUUCAUCUGCUCCGGCUACACACGUCAGUAGCUUUCGAUACCGGCCUCCAGGAAGUCGAAGAAGAAACACGCACACUGGGUCUUCCUGUCAUCUCGCGCUUGCCCCACUGCACUUCCGCCUUGAAUCUUCUGGUCUACUUCAUGGUUGCGUUGGUGUAUAUGUCUCCCAUGCGGAUCCGCGCUGGCAGCGUUCACAGGCAGCUGAGAGCUCAUGCCCCAGCUUACGCCGCGAGUUAUGAGGAGUCGAAGCAACAAUUUAUUUUUUGA